AUGUUGGCCACAGCAAGGCGGCUCCCUAAAGCACUCUCACCGUACGCACAGGCAUUGAAGCAUGUCGCUCUUAGGGGUACAGUGGCCUUUGGGCCGAGCGCCAAAGAAAUGGAGUUAGAUAUGUAUCGAAAAGGCACACUGCCGCCCGACUAUCGUCCUCCAGUGCAAGGAAAAUGGGAUGACACCAUUGAGCGCUGGGCGUACGCCUGGCAGUUUCCAGCUGAAGAAGAGCAAGAAGAUAUUGUGGGCGCGGUGGAACGCAACUCCUCAGGCAUGCAAGCCUUGCUAAAUUUCGGCAACAGGUUAUUGCAAUCCCCGCCAUCUACGCAGCCGCAUUCAGGAAAGUGUUCCAAAGUGUAUCCCCCGAUUACUGGCGUAUUGAAUAAUGAGUUGGUGGAGCUGCUGCCGCCCUCCUCUAGCUACGAACACUUGGAGCAGGCUGUGUCGGAGCUCAUAACUUACAGCGAUACAGAAUCGACUUCGCAUGGCGCGAUGACCGCAGCAGAGCUUGCAGCAAGAGUUAAUGUCCCUGUGGCGUACAUCGAUGAUAGCUCCGAGGUGAGUAACGCCAGCAAGGAGCUUGCGGGCAUAUUAGAAGACUUUGGCCUAGAGUACACGGAAGAGGGGUUGAUCAUCGUCAUCUCAGCUCUUUCACGGCAGCAAUACACGUCAAUGAGUCGGGCGGUUUUUGAUUUUGCAUGCGCUGUGGGGCUAGGUCCUUCCGCGGAGUUAUAUAAAGCGUUAAUGAGACACGCUUCUCGAAGCGGCGAUGUGAAUGCGUCAAUGGCCCUUAUAGAGGAAAUGAAGGCGAAGGGAAUCACACCACGUAUUGGCAAUUGGCAUGAACUCAUGCGAGCUUUUCACCAGGCGAAGGACUACCCCGCUGUGAUCCAAAUUGUAGAUAACAUGAAAAUGUACGCCAACAUUGAACCAAAUGAGGUCACCUUCGCUAUCCAGCUAAAGGCUCUUGCCAAAGAUUCCUCUCAGCUGAACUCGCUCGCCGAAUCAAUUCAGCUUUUUGAUCAAAUGGAAAAUGUUUAUGGCUUUAUUGCGUCACGUCCGCAUUACGAUGUUAUGAUGUACCAUUUGAGCCAGAGCCCUAAACCAGAGAUGCGACUUCGUUGCGAAGAACUGGCACACAAAAUGGAAUUGAUGGGUAUUGUGUGGAACGCCACCACCUACCUCAACCUCAUCCGAUCGGCUCAGGUGGUAGGGGACAUUGCAGCCGUGGAGAGAUACCUGAGUAAAAUGCGUGACGACGGAGUUGUGGUGGGCAUUACACACUUGUCAUGGGCCAUUCAGGCACAUGUUCAAAGUAUCAUUCGUAUCGACUAUGCUGCAAUGCGGGAGAAGGCGGAGGAUCCGCUUCCUCUCUGGCUUGAGCAUCUUGAAACAUGUUUUGGUAUUUAUAAUUUGGUUGUCCGACGUGGCUGGACGAUGCAACUUCCAUUUGUCAACGCCCUUCUUCGUUUGUGUUGCCAGGCUACAAUAUUGGCUAUGGAGCACACACCAGACCAAACAACGACGAUUGGGCGGUUUGAAGAACAGUCUAACAAAAUAUGGAAUCAGACAUUUGAGGAGUGGCACCUUAAAAAGGAUGUUUACAGCUACGAGUGCUACAUUGCCCUCUUGGCGCACCAACAACGUAUUGAUGAGGCAGAAAAAUUGUUUCAAGAAAUGGUUUUAAAGGAGGAUUUGACCCCGUCUAGAAGGACGUACGACUGCCUCAUUUUUAUGCACCUGUCCUCUGGUGAGGAGGGAGGAACUGCGAGGGCGCUCCGGUACUUGGAGGCCAUGGAGCGCGCUGGCAUUCAAAUCAGACCGUCUUUCCUUAAGAAAAUUGUGCGUGUAAACAACGCAGCAGGUUACAAACGUGAUAUGAAGCGACGUGCACGGCGCAUCAUGCAGGCGAGAGAAGAAUAUCUUGCACGAAAGGAGCAUAACUAUGGUUUUAAUGAAGAGCCACCGUCGACGUCGCCGGUGGAUGUUGGCGCAGAGGGUAAUCCUGUGCUUACCCCUUUACCAAUUUCGGCGUCCUCCACACUUGCCUGGUGGGAAAACUGGAAACGAGAGACAACAAGCAAACAUGAACUGUUCUCGGAAGAGAGUGCAGAUGGCACCCCAAAGGGCGAAAAUUUUGAGGAAAAAAAUGAUGCUUUGAAGAAGCUUGGCAUUAUUUCUGCAUUUCCAACCAAAGAUUAUCUCCAGCGUCUUGACAGGCAAAAGCUGCUGCCACAAAUUCGCUCAGAAGAAGGGGAAGUGACUGGAAGCCUUUGGGCAAUGGACGGUGGGGAGUUUUCGUACCCCAAGGAUGGCGGUGGCCCGCAAGGGUGGGGUAUACGACUCUGGCGGGAACGGCAAGUAGUCAAGCGGGAACACCAAAAAAUCCUCGACGGAGCAGAGUCAGUUCCGCCACUCUCAGCCCUUGGGAACGCGGCGCGGACCGCUGACAUCCAGUUAGAUAUCGAGAGAAGUGGCGCCCAGACACCGGGGGAGUUAUCGGACUACCGUCAAUACCCGGAUCAUCGCUUUGACACCGGGGCGCUAAAACCAAUUUUGGAGACGGCGGCGGAUGUUCCUAUUUCUGGAGAACUGGUUUGGCAAGGAGAGUCCCGUGACAAGUUGUCGCCCUACAAGUCCGACGAGGAAAUAGCGCUUGAAAACGACAAUACGUUCUUCUCAGAGUUGUCAGAGGACGCCAAAGAGAAGAUGAACGCAGCUGUGAAGGCUAUACGGAUGAAGGAGGAAAAUACUUUGGACAUCAAAGGGAAGGGUGUGACCCGACGCUCCAAGUACGAUUACUUGGAAAAGUGGCGCGAGAUGUACCGCCAUGGUACUCUUGAGGUUCCCGAAGGGCCCACACUGCGCUUUGGUCGUACUUCAGAAGACCACAAGGAUACAAUGGCGUCCUUGGUGCGUGAAUGGUAUCAAAGAAAUAAAAAAAAGCCGGGCACUUUAGACGACAUUGAACGGUGGGAAAGGGAUUCGCAACGAGAGAAGGAGGCGUCUGUAUCACGAAGGGCCCUCAAGAAGAGAAACCGGGUAAGGCGUCAUCACAAAGAGGCGUGA